UUUAUCCUAAGCUAAAAACUAGUUGUUCAACAAAUUACACAUAUUCACACACCAAAAUACCAACAUUUCACCACCGGCGGUAGAAAACUCGCCGGAAAAGAACAUUCCGAUGUACCUUGCUUCACUUAUGCAAUGCACGUAUCUAUGAUCAUAGAGGAUCUUCAUUUUCUUUUUCUUUGGAGUAAAUAUUAGUGUGAAAUAUUUGGCUUUUUAGUAGUGAUCGUUUGGGGAAUUGAGUCAUUGACAUUGAAGUCUAUGCUUUUGAAGAAUUUUUGUGAUUUUCGUUUUUUUGAGGUUUUGAUUUUAACUAUUUUGCACGCAAAGCGAGUGAGCUCUGAAAAUUCAACUGACAGCACAGAGUAUAAUUAGGCAGUGUGGCUUUUUAAGAAAAUGCCUUUUCCGAUGAGAAUUCAACCGAUAGAUUUACAGCUUUACAGUGAAUCGCUAAUCCGGAACGAUGCGGUGAAGCCACCGGUGUUGAAAUCGAGGCUGAAGCGUAUCUUCGACCGGCAGUUCAACAGUGUUCUCAGGAUUUCAGCGGCUGAGAAGCCGAGCGCCGGCGGAGAAAAAGAUAGAGGGGUUCCCACCUCCGCCGCGGUGGCUGAGUUUGAGCCGAGCUCGAUAUGUCUGGAUAAGAUGGUUCAGAACUUCAUUGAAGAUAACGAGAAGCAAUCAGCAUCCGUCGCCGCAAAAUACGGCCUUAACCGCUGCAAUUGCUUCAACGGUAACAACAAUGACAGCUCCGAUGAUGAGUUUGAUUUCUUUGACUCCAACACUCCAGGUUCUUCUUUCAGUGACCCUUCCGAUACUCUCAAGAGUUUGAUUCCUUGUGCUAGUGUGGAGGAGCGAAACCUGUUAGCAGACACUUCAAAAAUGGUAGAUAACAGCAAAUUUUGCAAACAGAAGGACGAUUUGAGAAAAAUCGUCUCCGAGGGUUUAAUAGGCCUAGGUUACAACGCCUCCAUUUGUAAAUCUAAAUGGGAAAAAUCAUCAUCCAUUCCUGCUGGUGAAUAUGAGUAUAUAGACGUGAUUAUAGAGGGCGAGAGGCUGUUAAUCGACAUAGAUUUCCGAUCGGAGUUCGAAAUCGCACGAUCAACAAGCAGUUACAAGGGAAUUCUACAAUCUGUGCCGUAUAUUUUCGUUGGAAAAUCCGAUCGGCUUCUCCAAAUUGUUUCCAUUAUAUCGGAGGCUGCACGGCAGAGCCUAAAAAAGAAAGGGAUGCAUAUAGCCCCGUGGCGGAAGGCCGAAUAUAUGACAUCCAAAUGGCUCGCCCCGUCUACCCGUAUCACCUCUCUCACGGUCGAGGAGCCGUCCGAAGUUGGAGAGUUGGAUUUGAUCUUCGGUGAAGAGACGGCUUCGUCGGAGGCGAACUGCCCCUUCCAGGUUCAAUCGAAGAUCACCUGGCAGCCGCCCGCGGUGCAGGUGAGGAGGGCAAACAAAGGAACGAUCACUGGAUUGGCAGCCCUUCUCAAGGAGAAACUCUAAAUGAUCUGAUGUUUGCUUAUUUUAUUUUAUUUUGGUAGUAUUCGCUGACUUGAGAAGCUGUUAAAAAGUUACUUUUAAGUCGAUAAUCCGAUAAAUCGUGUUGUAAAUAACUAAUUAUAUAGAAUUUGUAAUGAAAGAUUUUGUUUUUAUAUGAACUUUUUGAAGUUUUGGGUACA